UCCCUCUUCGCCCCCGUCUGCCUCGACCGGCCCGUCUACCCCUGCCGCUCCCUCUGUGAGGUGGUACGUGACUCCUGUGCCCCUGUCAUGGAGUCCUACGGCUUCCCCUGGCCCGAGAUGCUGCACUGUGGCAAGUUCCCCUCUGACCACGAGCUCUGCAUUGCCGUCCAGUUUGGGAACAGCAAAGCCACUCCGCCACCAGUGUCCAAGAUCUGCACCCAGUGUGAGAUGGAGCACAAGGCGGAUGGCAUGAUGGAGCAGAUGUGCUCCAGUGACUUUGUGGUGAAGAUGCGCAUCAAGGAGAUGACGGAGGAGAACGGGGAGCGGCGGCUGGUGGCUGCCCAGAAGAAGAAGGUGCUGAAGCUGGGCCCGCUCAAACGCAAGGACACCAAGAAGAUGGUGCUGCACAUGAGGAACGCAGGCGCCUGCCCCUGCCCCCAGCUGGACAGCCUCAGUGGCAGCUUCCUGGUGAUGGGCCGCAAGGUGGGCGGCCGCCUGCUCCUCCUGGCCAUCUACCCCUGGCAGAAGCACAACAAGGAGAUGAAGUUCGCAGUCAAGUUCAUGUUCUCCUAUCCUUGCCCCCUCUAUCACCCCUUGCUCUAUGGGGCUGGGCAGCACUAGCACUCUACCCACCAUACCCUCUCCCAGGACUCCUGCACUGGCCCAGAACCACAUCCCUGGCAUCCCUAACUGCACCCCAGGAUCCCAGCUCUGCUCACCUCAGCCUCUUGGCUGUGCCCCAGAACCCUCCUCUGCAUCCCUAGGAUUCCCAGCUGCAUUUGUGGGAGCCUUGAUCCACAACCAGGACCCCUGCCUCCCUGAGAGCCUUUUUCUGCACCCUUGGGACCCCUGUUCUGCUCCCAGGACCCCUGCCCACAUCCAGGAGUUUAGGCUGAACUCAGGACCU